GGCGAGGCCAUUUUACAUUGCUGUGGAGAUUGAGAAGAGUUGUUGUAUGCUGGAGUAUUUUUGCCGCGAUGCCGACGAAACGCUGUUAUUUUCAUCCGGAUUGCAGGUCCACUUUGUUCAGCCUUCCUAGGGACGGGGAAGUUAGGGAUCAAUGGUUAAAAUUUAUUUUUAACUCGGUCCCUCAAAAUUAUUACCCAAAUCUCGCUCUCUGUGCUGCACAUUUUACGGAGGAAAGCUUCCACAAUCUUCGCGAGUUCAAUGCAGGAUUCGCCCAACGGCUUGUCCUGAAAGAUAGAGCAGUUCCAACUUUAAAAACAGAAGCUGUUUACGGGCCACAAGCUACAACAUCUCAGCAGGGUGCGAGUUCCCAAGAGCUCCCCACUACAUCUACACUUCAUGAAGUUGGAUGUCAGUCAGACCCUAUAGAGACCGAAACUGUAGCCACAGAGAUAAAGCCGAAGAUGCGAUCAGUGGGCACACAACUUUCAAUGGGCAUUCAGGCAAUAUAUUAUGGUCAUGAUGUGGGUACCCAAACAACUGACAUGUUUCCUGAUGUGCAGCUGUCUUCAACACCAGUAAGGGGCUCAGUCUUCAGGCCCAGUAAGAGACCUCGUCUGGUGUUCGAUGAGGAAGAAGAAUCAGAAUUAAAUGUCGAACCCACUGAUUCCACAUAUAACCCAGAUUCUGUUGUCACUGAAGAAUCAGAAUUGGCGAUAGAUCCACAGCCCGACCACAGCGAUAACAAAUACAUUGUUUUUGAAAGCUGUCUUCGAGAGCUGUUUGUGUCCUGUCCAAUUUGUAAGACAAAGUGUGUUGUCCAGAGCAGACGAAGGGGGACUUUUGUUGCAUUCACCCAGCUUUGUGAAAAGUGUAACUACUACAGACAGUGGCAGAGCCAGCCCAUUGUUGGGAGUACCCCACUUGGAAACCUGCUAUUGUCUGCUGCAACGUAUUUUACCGGUGGAUCUUUUAAACAACUAGAGAAGAUUUUCAAAGCCAUGAAGCUCCAGAUGAUGCAUUUCGUAACUUUUAGGAUUCAUGCCAGGAAUUUCAUUGAGCCUACCAUAAUACACAAGUGGAACCAAGAUCAACUGAAUCUUAUAAGACAGCUGCAAGAGGGAGGAAAUGUUGCUGUGGCUGGAGAUAUGCGUGCUGACACGCCAGGACACUCAGCAAAAUUUGGCAGCUACACCAUUAUGCACAUGGAAACCAACAAAAUUCUGGAUCUUCAACUAGUUCAGAGCAAUGAGGUUGGUGGAAGUUAUCAUAUGGAAAAGGAGGGAUUGAAGCGUUGUCUCGAUAAGCUGGAGUCUCAUGGUUUAGCUGUUGACUACAUCGUCACCGAUCGCCAUCCGCAGAUUCAGAAGUACCUGAGGGACCGCAAUAUCACUCAGUUCUAUGACGUGUGGCACUUUGAGAAAGGUUUAUCUAAGAAACUUGACAAACUUUCAAAAAUGAAGGACUGCGAGGUGCUGAAAAAAUGGUUGCACAGCAUCAAAAACCAUGUUUACUGGAGUGCGAUUUCCUCUGAGUCUGGGCCAGAAAAGGUGGCGAAGUGGAAUUCACUGCAGAACCACAUACAAAAUGUACAUGUUCAUGAGAACCACCUCUUCCCCAAGUGUGAACACCCAGACAAAGUUUCCAGGGAUCCAAAAAAAUGGUUCCAACCAGGAUCAAUAGCGCUCCAUAAAGUGGAAAAGCUACUAUACAACAAGAGAGUUCUCAAGGAUAUAGAAAAGCUCAGCCACAACUUUCAGACGUCAUCGCUGGAGGCUUUCCACAGUCUGAUUUUGCGUUUUGCCCCAAAGAACGUGAUUUUCCCUUUCAUAGGAAUGUUGUGCAGGCUGUAUCUUGCAGCAAUGCACUAUAAUGAAAAUGCUAACCGUGAGCAGGCAACAACAACUGAAGGACAGGCUGUGUAUAAGUUCGUUUUUCCAAAGUCCAAAAAAGGGGAAUGCACAGCAAAGCCAGUGAAAAUAGAACCAACAUACAACUAUGUCGAUGACCUUAUGAGCCUUCUGUUACAUAAAGUCUUUGUGGACCCCAAGCCAUAUGCGGAAGAGCUGCAUGCAAUCCCCAUUCCACCUCCUCUGUCAUCACAGUAUGAAAAACCUUCCAAAGAAGAGGUGAUUGCCCAGCGUGUGUCACGAUUCAGUCGAGGGGUGGCCGGAACCCAACAUACUGUCCCGCUGGAUCAGGAAACUGUAGGCGGAUCCGGUUAACAACACAUGAGGGGAUGACAACCCUCACACUACGUCCUAGGUAGCCCCAGCACCAGCUGACAAAGCUGCGAUUGGCCAGAUAAUGGAAG